AAAUAACCUAAGAUAUAACAAGAUAAACAAUGGGGUUAAGAAUGGGAAGCGAUAAGUACAAUUUGGCAGCAACUUCAGAAGAUGGGGGUAAAAAAAAGAAGAAGAAGACAGACAUUGAGGAACUCAAGAAAGAAGUGGAACUGGAUGAUCACAAGUUGACCAUAGAUGAGUUGCAUCGCAAAUAUGGGACUGACAUUAACAAAGGUUUGUCCAGUUCCCGUGCAAAGGAGAUCUUGGCCUGUGAUGGGCCCAAUGCUUUGACCCCCCCUCCUACAACUCCUGAAUGGGUGAAGUUCUGCAAACAGCUCUUUGGGGGAUUCUGCACUCUGCUGUGGAUUGGUGCUUUUCUCUGUUUUACAGCUUUUGCAAUCCAGUUUACCACAGAGAAUGAACCAGCAAAUGAUAAUUUAUACCUGGGUAUUGUGCUCGCUGCUAUAGUGGUGAUCACUGGUUUCUUCUCAUACUACCAAGAGUCUAAGAGUUCAAAGAUUAUGGACUCCUUCAAGAACCUUGUCCCACAUCAAGCCCUGGUUAUUCGUGAUGGUGAGAAGAAGAGCAUCAAUGCUGAGGAAGUUGUGGCUGGUGACCUUGUGGAGAUUAAGAGUGGUGACCGAGUUCCAGCUGAUCUGCGUAUUAUCUCCGCGCAUGGAUGCAAGGUGGACAACUCCUCUCUUACUGGUGAAUCUGAGCCUCAAACGCGUACUCCUGAGUUCUCCAAUGAAAAUCCCCUGGAAACAAGAAACAUUGUGUUCUUUUCCACAAAUUGCCUGGAAGGUUCUGCCAGAGGAAUUGUCAUCAACACUGGUGAUCACACUGUCAUGGGUCGCAUUGCUAUACUUGCCUCCAGCCUUGAGGGAGGAAAGACUCCAAUUGCCAAAGAGAUUGAGCACUUUAUCCACAUUAUCACCGUUGUGGCAGUUUGUCUGGGUAUGAGCUUCUUCAUCCUGUCCCUCAUGCUUGGAUAUGGCUGGCUGGAAGCUGUCAUUUUUCUUAUCGGAAUCAUUGUAGCCAAUGUGCCUGAGGGUAUGCUUGCCACAGUCACAGUUUGUUUGACUCUGACUGCCAAACGAAUGGCCAAGAAGAACUGCCUCGUGAAGAAUCUUGAAGCUGUGGAAACUCUUGGCUCCACCUCCACCAUCUGCUCAGACAAGACAGGAACCCUCACUCAGAACCGAAUGACUGUCGCUCACAUGUGGUUUGACAACCAGAUCCAUGAAAUGGACACUACAGAGAACCAGAGUGGAACCUCUUUUGACAGAAGCUCUCCUACAUGGUCAGCCCUGGCUCGUGUAGCUGGCCUGUGCAACCGUGCUGAAUUUCUUGCUGAUCAAAACAAAGAAAAAUCCAUUCUCAAGAGAGAAACAAAUGGUGAUGCAUCAGAUUCUGCUCUACUAAAGUGUAUUGAACUCUGCUAUGGUUCAGUAAUGGAGAUGAGAGACAAGCAUCCAAAACUUGCUGAAAUCCCUUUUAACUCCUCUAACAAGUACCAGGUCUCAGUCCAUGAGAACCCCAACCCCUCUGAGCCCAGGCACUUAUUAGUAAUUAAGGGAGCUCCUGAGAGGAUUCUGGACCUGUGUUCAAACAUCAUGAUUCAGGGCAAAGAGCUUCCCAUGAAUGAUGAAAUGAAGGAUUCUUUCCAACAUACUUAUGUAAAACUUGGGAGCCUUGGCGAAAGGGUGUUAGGUUUCUGCCAUUUAAAUCUGCCCAGUGACCAGUUCCCUGAGGGCUUUGCAUUUGACACUGAGGUGUUGAACUUCCCCAUUAACAACCUGUGCUUUAUUGGACUCAUGUCCAUGAUUGAUCCUCCUCGUGCUGCUGUACCAGAUGCAGUAGCCAAGUGCAGGAGUGCUGGAAUCAAGGUUAUCAUGGUAACUGGUGAUCACCCUAUCACAGCUAAAGCCAUUGCUAAGGGUGUGGGUAUCAUCUCUGAGGGUACCGAGACUGUAGAAGAUAUUGCUGCUCGUCUAAACAUUCCUGUUGGAGAUGUACACAGGAGAGAGGCAAAGGCCUGCGUGGUCCAUGGUUCAGAACUGAAAGACAUGAGCCCAGAAGAGCUAGAUGACAUCUUGAGAAACCACACCGAGAUUGUGUUUGCGAGAACAUCUCCACAGCAAAAACUCAUCAUUGUGGAAGGCUGUCAGCGACAGGGGGCCAUUGUGGCUGUGACGGGUGAUGGUGUCAAUGAUUCUCCUGCUCUGAAGAAGGCUGAUAUCGGUGUUGCUAUGGGCAUCGCAGGAUCUGAUGUCUCCAAACAGGCUGCUGAUAUGAUUUUGCUUGAUGACAACUUUGCUUCCAUUGUGACUGGUGUUGAGGAAGGUCGUCUCAUUUUUGACAACUUGAAGAAGACAAUUACUUACACAUUGACUAGUAAUGUACCAGAGAUCUCCCCUUUUCUCCUCUUCAUCAUUGCUGGCAUUCCCCUUCCUCUCGGCACUGUAGCUAUACUUUGUAUUGAUCUGGGAACUGACAUGGUUCCUGCUAUUUCUUUGGUCUUUGAGAGUGCUGAAAGUGAUAUCAUGAAGAGGCUGCCCAGAAACCCCCAAAAAGACAAGCUAGUCAAUGAAAAACUUGUCAGUUUAGCAUAUGGCCAGCUUGGAAUGAUACAAGCAGUUGCUGGUUUCUUCACAUAUUUUGUGAUCCUGGCUGAGAAUGGAUUUCUGCCCACAUAUGUGUUAGGACUGCGUAUUUAUUGGGAUGAUAAGUACCACAAUGACCUGGAGGACAGUUAUGGCCAGCAAUGGACUUAUGAGAGCAGAAAAAUUAUAGAGUACACAUGCCAGACAGCAUUCUUUAUCAGUAUUGUGACUGUUCAGUGGGCCAAUUUGAUCAUCUGUAAGACCAGGAGAAAUUCCAUUGUACAACAAAAAAUGAAGAACAAAAUCCUUAUCUUUGGUCUGUUUGAGGAAACAGCUCUGGCUUCCUUCCUGUCCUAUUGCACAGGCAUGGAUGUUGCCAUUAGAAUGUAUCCUCUCAGACCCUGGUGGUGGUUAUGUGCCUUACCAUAUGCACUCCUCAUCUUCAUAUAUGAUGAGACCCGAAGAUACAUCCUUAGACGGAACCCAGGAGGUUGGGUGGAAAGGGAAACUUAUUAUUAAACCAAGAAGAAUAUUCUGCACAUCCAUGGACAUUUGCACAACAUGGCCCACAUAUCAAAUAAUAUAAUAGAUUUGUUAUCUUAUAUCAAAUAAGAUAAUAGAUUUCAAAUAGUGCAUUUGAAUCAUUUAAACUAAAUAAAGUUAAAACACUGAAUUUCAGGUAUGAGCUGAUUGUAGGCAAUGGUUGCCAGCAAACCAAUAAAAACA